UCAGGGUUUUACAUGUAAUGUAAGACGUGUAAAUUGGGGUUGUUGUCCCAAAAAAGUAGAUUAUAAUAUUUUAUUAAUAAACGCUUCAUGUGAAGUUGUGAUGCCCACUACUCAGCUUGUUGCAGUUCAGAGGACUAAGAGUUUACUACAAAGAUGGCUGCCUUUGUAGUCAAGAGCACCAAAAGCUGUGGUUGAUACAGUGCCAAAAACGUAAUCUCUUGUCUGUUUGUGCUAACAAAUCUACACGUGUGAGGUCUACCAAUGUAUGUGGUCUCCACAGAAUUCAAUUUGUAUUUCUUUACAUAUAAAACAAUAUAUAUUUUAAUUGAACUUUUAGAAAGGUGGGCGGUGUGGCUAGUCAAUGCACUCUGCAAUCCAGUAGAUGGCGACCAUGUGCCAUACGCUGAUUGACAACCACGUUGACGCAUUAAAAAGGGAAGAAGAGCAACUUCCGUCUCCGCCAAGAAAAUAUGCACGUCUUAUUUUCCCCCUACACUGAGAUUAUGAAAUAGGAAACAGUUUACUAAAGAGAAGUCGAGGUACUGCUGUUACCGACUAGCAGCCGUUUUUUUUAGUUCAAUAUAUUUUACGUCGCUUCCUGCGUCAAAAUGAAGAAACGAAGCUCAGAAAAACGACGCCAUGUGGUGUCGUGGCUGAACAAAGCUGAGUGGACCCAGGUUCAGGAGUAUCUUUACUCCAAAGACCCUGCCCUACAAAAGUUUGCCCUGCAGAGAAUCAGCGCCUGGAAGUGCCGUUACGCCGGCAGCAGUCCCGUGGCUGUUGACUGCACCGCGGACCUCGUGCGGUGUCAAGUCCUAGACCGGUUCGGGCAGCUAAACUCGGACGACCUGGUCCUGCUUUACGGAGCAGCGCUGGUUCGGUUCGUAAACCUGAUCACUGAGCGUCAGCAAGGGAAGGUCGCUCGGCCUCUGAGACGGCUGGCCGGAAACCUCAACAUCCCAGAGUGGGUCGUCGACUUAAGGCAUGAAGUGACCCACCGUAAGCUCCCCACUCUGAAGUGGUGCAGAAAGGGGUGCAAUGUGGUUCUGGAGUGGCUCCAGCACGAAUACUGGUCUAGGCAAAUGGGAGGAGUUGGAGGACCUGAAGGUGAGGACUGGGAGUCACAGUUAGACGGAGAAGAUGAGGAGAUGGACUUAAGGCGCCAGGAGGAUGAACUCAUAGCUCUACAGAAAGAGAGGGAGGGCUUUAAAAAGGCUAGGGAACUUCUCAUCUCCUUUGAGAAGGUGCAGUUCCAGGUUCCAAAUGAAGUCCCGCAGGACAGAGAUGGGAGUCCUUUGCCUUUUGCAGACAUGAGCUGGUUACUGGGUGAAAUUAAGCAGUUUGCCUUAGAGUCAAGCGAUUUGCUGAUUGAUGCAAUGUUGGAAGAUGGAUUUCUGGUUCCGACUGUGGAACAGCUGGAAGCACUGGGCUGCGAUUUUUUUUUUCAGCCAACUGAACCCAGACUUCCUCAAACCUUCCUACGUUUUUGGCUGCCUCUUCUGAAGAUGCUCAACUCUCCUGCCUUCAUCCAUCUUCUCCUUGAGAAGGUUUUUGCUGAGCUGAAGCUGCUCUUUAACGAGCAAAGCAACCACAGGGUUUUCUACCUGUCUGCCUGGAUCUCCGAAAUUAUUCUUUGCAACAGCAAAAAGGUUGAAUACCGCUUUGAAACCAAAAACCAGAAGAAGUCCCGACUAAAGGACAGGAUCUUUGUGAACCGCCUUCAGCUGAGGUGGCAGCAGCUGCUGUCAGCCUGCCUGGAUGCUCCUUGUGUAAGCACCCCACAUUUGCUCCAGUUGAUCAUGGAUGACAUGGAACAUCCUCUGCCAGUAGAAACCAGAGGGAAGCUGCUCCAGCUUUGCUCCAUCUACACACAGACCUCACACAGUAACUCUGAUCCUUCUCCCGAGCGACACAAACAGCCCACGUACACAUUGGAGAGUCUGAAGCGUUCACGGCAAAAUGGACAUUCACUGCGUCCCAGGGACAACUCCGAACAGAAUGAAUCCUCGCAGGAGUUCAUGUCUGUUGACGCCUUGGCUGAAACAGCAAAGGUGCUCAGAGGUUCUCCGUGGCAAGUGUGCACGGACAGGGUUUUAUGGAAAAACCAUCCUUUGGGUAAAGUCCCUGGACAGUCAGACGACCCUUCGUGUCUCAUGGUGGAAAACUACUCAACAAUGACAGUGUUUGAUCAGCCAGUGGAGAUGGAGAGGAACAUGGGACACAGUGCUGCUGGGGUGUCGGCACCAGUGAGGACAGGUGAUGGCCUCCUCUGGAGCCACAGUGAUCUAAACAAGCUGAAGACAGGACUGCAGCUCUUUUAAACUGCAGGCUUUGUAAAGCUGCCAAAUACAGACAUUCCUCUGCUCACUUAUCAGUAACACUGUCACCUUUGUUUUGAUACUUGUAAGAAAGCAUUAGGAAAUAUGUUAGAACCAGAUUGUGGCGACAUUUGUUUAAAUUAUUUUCUUUUUUUUUUCUUUCCCCAAAGUCGUUUUGGAUCUAAGAUGAGUGAAAUGUUUCAUUUGAAAUCAGUAAAUCAUGUGAUUAUUUUAUCAAAAAUGCAUUUGAUUUUUCUAAAAUAAAAAUAAUGUGCUUUCAAGUGUUUCAGUUCUGUCCACAUAAUAAUGCACUUACCUUAAUAUGAAAGAGGACAAGGAUAUGUUGACAUGACACAAGAUUCUGUUUGUCCAACUUGUUUCAACCUAAUAAAAACAGACAUCAAAUAUGCA